AUGGGAGGACGGAAGGUGGCAAGAGAUGAAGAAAAUGCCUAUGGUUUCCAGGAGUUCAGGUCCGCCCUGCAGGAGCGCAGGCUGCGCCUCCUCCUGGCCGGCAGGUCAGGGACCGGGAAGAGCGCCACGGGCAACAGCAUCCUCCAGCGGAAGCACUUCCUCUCCAGGCUCGCGGCCACGGCGGUGACCAGGGCCUGCGCCACGGGGAGCUGCCGCUGGGCCUCGUGGGACGUGCAAGUCCUCGACACCCCCGACCUCUUCAGCCCCGAGGUCGCCCAGGCAGACCCGGGCUUCGAGGAGAGAGGCCGCUGCUACCUGCUGUCGGCCCCGGGGCCGCACGCCGUGCUCCUGGUGACCCAGCUCGGCCGCUUCACCGCCCAGGACCUGCGGGCCUGGCAAGGGGUGAAGGCGCUGUUCGGGGCGGGCAUCGCGGCGCGCGCCGUCGUGGUCUUCACCCGCAGGGAGGACCUGGCGGGGGGCUCGCUGCAGCAGUACGUGCGCGACACCGACAACCGCGCGCUCCGGGAGCUGGUGGCCGAGUGCGGGGGCCGCUGCUGCGGCUUCGACAACCGAGCGGCCGACAGGGAGCGGGAGGCGCAGGUCGGAGAGCUGAUGAGGCUGGUGGAGGAGCUGGUGAGGGACCAUGGCGGCGCCCCCUACACCAACGACGUGUACCGCCUGGCGCAGACCCUGGGCGGGCUGAGCCCCGACGAGAGGCUGCGCAGGGUGGCGGAGCGACUGGCCGCCCACGCACCGACGUGGCCGCUGGCCGGGCUGUGGUGGUGGCCCAAGCCAGCGCCGGGAAUCCGGUAUAAGCUGGGCCUGGCCGCCCUGCUGGGUGCCCUGUUCCUGCUGUACCUACUCUGCAGGCGCUGGCCUGAGGCGGUGACUGCGUGA